UGUAGUUGAAUAACAUUCCAGUUACUUCCCACAUGUGUGAAUGUUUACGCCUACAAACCUGCUCAUGAACUGGACGUCUUUGAUGGCCACACAAGGAUCAGCAGUAAAGCUUUUCUCCAUUAUAAACAUAUGGAUGCAGGCGUCGAUAUGCUGCGGGGAAAAACUAUUAUCGUGACCGGGGCAAACAGUGGUAUCGGAAAAGCCACGGCUGCGGAGCUGCUGCGGCGUCAGGGCCGAGUGAUCAUGGCAUGUAGGGACCGAGAACGGGCGGAGAAAGCAGCCCUGGAGAUCCAGCAGGAGGCCGGACCAGAGCAAGGGGAACUAGUGAUCAAACUCUUGGAUCUGGCGUCGCUUAAAUCUGUCCGUAUUUUUUGCGAGGACAUAAUCAAGAAAGAGUCAAGGAUUGACAUCCUCAUCAACAAUGCUGGAAUCUACCAGUGUCCUUACACCAAAUCAGAAAAUGGGUUCGAGAUGCAGUUUGCUGUCAAUCAUCUGGGUCACUUCCUGCUCACUAACCUCCUGCUGGACCUCCUCAAACGCUCUGCUCCUAGCCGGAUCAUUAUGGUGUCCUCCAAGCUCUACAAGUAUGGUGAAAUAAACUUUGAUGACCUGAACAGCGAGCAGAGCUACGAUAAGGCUUUUGCUUAUGGACGGAGUAAACUAGCCAAUCUUCUAUUCACUCUGGAGCUCUCUCAUCGACUCGAGGAGAGUGGAGUGACAGUAAAUGCUCUCACCCCAGGGAUUGUGCGGACUAACCUGGGCAGGCAUGUCCACAUCCCACUGCUGGUGAAGCCACUAUUUAACCUAGCUUCACAGGCCUUCUUCAAGUCCCCUGAGGAAGGUGCACAGACUUCUAUCUAUCUUGCCUGCUCUCCGGAUGUGGAGGGCAUUCAGGGGAAGUGCUUUGCUAACUGUCAUGAGGAGCAGCUGUUAGCUAAGGCCACAGAUGAGGAGGUGGCCAAGAAACUGUGGGACAUCAGUGAGGUGAUGGUGGGCAUCACAACUUGAAAUCUCACAGAUGUAAGAAUUUAGGUCACGUGUCCAUGAUUACUUCAAUAUCGACAACUCUGAAAGGAAAAAAAAUAAAACAUACAGAUAUUUACCAUCAAGUAUUUUAGAAAGACCUUGUUUU